AGGAGGCGGCGGCGGCGGCCCGAGCGGGAGCCGGAGCGGCAGCGGCGGCCGCGGGAGCCGCGGGGAGCGCGGGGGCGGCCCGGAGCGCCCGGGGUCCCCGCGCCCCGCUCGCCCGCCGCGCUCCGAAGAUGGUGGCGGCGCCGUGCGCCCGGAGGCUGGCCCGGCGCUCGCACUCGGCGCUGCUCGCGGCGCUCACCGUGCUGCUGCUGCAGACGCUGGUCGUGUGGAAUUUCAGCAGCCUAGACUCCGGGGCCGGGGAGCGCCGCGGGGGCGCAGCGGCUGGCGGCGCGGAGCAGCCGCCCCCGGCCCCGGCCCCGCGCCGAGAGCGCCGGGACCUGCCCGCCGAGCCAGCUGCAGCCCGAGGAGGAGGAGGCGGCGGCGGCGGAGGACGGGGGCCCCCAGCGCGGGCGCGGGGAGGCGGCCCCGGAGCACCCCGCGUUCAGCAGCUGGCCAGCCGGGGGGCACUGGCCUCGCGGGCGCUGGACCCACAGCCAAGCCCUGUGAUCACCCUGGAGACCCAGGACGGCUACUUCUCCCACCGGCCGAAGGAGAAAGUGCGAACAGACAGCAACAAUGAGAACUCGGUGCCCAAGGACUUUGAGAAUGUGGACAACAGCAACUUCGCACCCAGGUCUCAAAAGCAGAAGCACCAGCCCGAGCUGGCGAAGAAGCCCCCCAAGGGACAGAAGGAGCUUCUGAAGCGGAAGCUGGAGCAGGAGGACAAGGGGAAGGGGCGUCCCUCCCCGGGGAAAGGUACCAACGAGGUGCAGCCUCCCGGCGAGAGAGCCGUGGUGAACGGCAGCCGUGGGAAGGACCCCCCCAGACAGCCCCCCGCCCGGAAGGGUGGGGCCGGCUCCCCCGAGCUCAGGUCUGACCAGCCCCUCAAGUGCGACAUCUCGGGCAAAGAGGCCAUCUCUGCCCUGUCCCGCGCCAAGUCCAAGCACUGCCGCCAGGAGAUCGGGGAGACCUACUGCCGUCACAAGCUGGGGCUGCUGAUGCCGGAGAAGGUCACUCGGUUCUGCCCUCUGGAAGGUAAAGCCAACAAGAACGUUCAGUGGGACGAAGAUUCGGUGGAGUAUAUGCUGGCCAACCCGGUCAGAAUCGCCUUCGUCCUAGUGGUCCACGGCCGCGCCUCUCGGCAGCUGCAACGCAUGUUCAAGGCCAUUUACCACAAGGACCACUUCUACUACAUCCACGUGGACAAGCGCUCAAAUUACCUGCAUCGGCAAGUGCUGCAGUUCGUGGCGCAGUACGGCAACGUCCGCGUCACCCCCUGGAGGAUGGCCACCAUCUGGGGCGGAGCCAGCCUCCUGUCCACGUACCUGCAGAGCAUGCGGGACCUCCUGGAGAUGACCGACUGGCCCUGGGACUUCUUCAUCAACCUCAGCGCCGCCGACUACCCCAUCAGGACAAAUGACCAGCUGGUGGCAUUUCUCUCUCGAUACCGAGACAUGAAUUUCUUGAAGUCACAUGGCCGGGACAAUGCAAGGUUCAUCCGGAAACAGGGCCUGGACCGGCUCUUCCUGGAGUGUGACGCCCACAUGUGGCGCCUGGGGGACCGGCGGAUCCCAGAGGGCAUUGCCGUGGAUGGCGGCUCGGAUUGGUUCCUGCUAAACCGGAAGUUUGUAGAGUAUGUGACAUUCUCUACCGAUGAUCUGGUGACGAAAAUGAAGCAGUUCUACUCGUACACCCUGCUUCCUGCCGAGUCCUUCUUCCACACGGUCCUGGAGAACAGCCCCCACUGCGACAGCAUGGUGGACAACAACCUGCGUAUCACCAACUGGAACCGCAAGCUGGGCUGCAAGUGCCAGUACAAGCACAUCGUGGACUGGUGCGGCUGCUCGCCCAACGACUUCAAGCCGCAGGACUUCCACCGCUUCCAGCAGACAGCCCGGCCCACCUUCUUUGCCCGCAAGUUCGAAGCGGUGGUAAAUCAGGAAAUCAUCGGGCAGCUGGACUAUUACCUGUACGGGAACUACCCGGCGGGCACCCCGGGCCUGCGCUCCUACUGGGAGAACGUCUACGAUGAGCCGGACGGCAUCCACAGCCUGAGCGACGUGAUGCUGACCUUGUACCAUUCUUUCGCCCGCCUGGGCCUCCGCCGAGCCGAGGCGUCACUGCACGCAGAGGGGGACAACAGCUGCAGGUACUAUCCAAUGGGCCACCCGGCAUCUGUCCACCUCUACUUCCUUGCCGACCGUUUCCAGGGCUUUCUGAUCAAGCAUCACGCUACCAAUCUGGCCGUCAGCAAACUUGAGACUCUGGAGACGUGGGUGAUGCCGAAGAAAGUCUUCAAGAUCGCCAGCCCCCCCAGUGACUUCGGGAGGCUUCAGUUUUCCGAGGUCGGCACUGAAUGGGAUGCCAAGGAGAGGCUCUUCCGCAACUUUGGGGGUCUCCUGGGGCCCAUGGACGAGCCAGUGGGCAUGCAGAAAUGGGGGAAGGGCCCCAACGUGACCGUGACUGUCAUUUGGGUGGAUCCCGUCAACAUCAUCGCAGCCACUUACGACAUCCUGAUUGAGUCCACUGCCGAAUUCACCCACUACAAGCCCCCUUUGAACUUGCCCCUGAGGCCUGGGGUCUGGACAGUGAAAAUUCUCCACCACUGGGUGCCGGUGGCAGAAACCAAAUUCCUCGUGGCGCCUCUGACCUUCUCCAACAGGCAGCCCAUCAAAGCGGAGGAGGCACUGAAGCUGCACAGUGGGCCCCUCCGCAACGCCUACAUGGAGCAGAGCUUCCAGAGCCUGAACCCGGUCCUCAGCCUGCCCAUCAGCCCGGCCCAGGUGGAGCAGGCUCGCAGGAACGCCGCCUCUGCUGGCGCCACGCUGGAGCGCUGGCUGGACUCCCUGGUGGGCGGGGUGUGGACCGCCAUGGACAUCUGUGCCACAGGCCCCACCGCCUGCCCUGUCAUGCAGACCUGCAGCCAGACAGCCUGGAGCUCCUUCAGCCCCGACCCCAAGUCGGAGCUGGGGCCGGUCAAACCCGACGGCCGGCUCAGGUAGCACUGAGCACGCGGGGGGCCCCAGCGGAUCUCAAAGGAAAGCAGCCAGAAGGCUGGUGGGACUUGGCCCCAGCCUCCCAUCCCCCCCCCCCGCCUCGACCCCGGGGGGCGGAGGGGGGAGGCACCUUUUGGGAGAGGGGCUCUCCUGGCCGUAGAAGGAUGGAGAAGGACGGUUUGGAGGCCAAAACAGGUUCUGCCAACCACCUGCACUCGGCAGGCUGGCCCCCGGGGGCUGGGGUGGCUCAGUCCCCGCGCCGUGGCAGUCUUGCCUCUUCUGGCUGAUUCUCAAGUCCGGCAGGUUCCUUGUCUUCCCCGCAAGGACCCUCCACCCCGACCCCAGACAAGUGAUUCCCAAACUUUUACUUUGAGCAGCAGAUCUUUGUUUACUAAGUCGCAGGCGGAGGCUCAAGGAGCAGAGGAAAUCCAGGCUGCUCUGGUGGAAGCUGAGAGCGUGAGGUUCUUUCUCCAAGCUCAGCCCCCAGGGCGGUACCCCUGGCCCCAGGCGUUCUCCUAAGGUACCUCUUCAGAACCCAAGGGCUCUGCCAAACUAGUUGGAAAAGCACUGCCCAGAGGGUGGGUUUGAUCUCCAGCCCCGCCCUUCGGCUCUUCUUCCUGCCCCUGUGGGCCGGGAAACCCUUGUGCCAGCCCUGAAGUGACAGGCCGCGAUUGUCACGCUCAUGGGGCCCUCCCCAGAGAGGUAGCAGGUUUGGCAGGUGGGGGGGCCCUAAGCCAGCCCUUCGAGUUCAGCCAUUCUCCUUAAUAACUCAGUGAGAGGAGAGCCUUUUGAUGUGACCUGGCCAAGGUCCACCUAGAGUGUGACUGCCAGACGUCCUGAGUUCCCGGCCACGCUCCCUUGAGGCAGAAACGGCACGAUCCUUCUGAGCACAAGCGUCCAAUCUCCUAGCCAUUCAUGGGCCGGGAGAUCAAGAUCAUGACCCCUCUGAGCCUUGACCAUGGGAACUCUGGGGACCGCGGCCAUGAAACUCAAAGAGAGGUGAUGGGAGCCAAACUGAGCUGGACGGCACAGCAAUACCCUUCCCCUGCCUGAGCCCUUGGUCCCAAGGUCUGACGCACAGAACCUCCGGGAAGCGCGCACAGUGCUGCUGGGAGCGACCAGGCUGCACGGAACAAGACUUUUCACAGCCAGGAAACAGCAUUUCAGAUUUGGUUUUUUGAUUCAUGCCCUUCCUUGUCAGAGGGGCCAACGGGCCCGUCUGACACGCAGCGUAAAAGUGGGAAGCUCGCGUAGCUGGUUGUUUAAAACCUAAAGCAUAGUGUUAUUCAAAUUGCUUGAGUUACUAGAAACCCAAAGGGUUUCCUCGCCAUGUGCCCUUCGGAGGACCCCCCCCCACCCCCCAGCUCAUCCAGAGAGCCCCUCCCCGGGGCGCCAUCCUCCAUGGCUCCUCCCUUCCCCCAGAGGACAGGGGUCCCUUGGAAAAGUCCCCGGGUGCACCCUCCCCCUCCCGCAGCGAGCCAGUCCUCGAGGGACUCCUCUCCUGCGUGGGUUCGAAGGUACUGCCCUUGGCCCCCGAUGACCUGUCAGCUGUCCCCCCCAAAAGACCCCCCACCCCGCCCAGCAAGGCAGGAUGUCCUGUGGGCCAUGGAGGAUACAGAGAAGGGACACUUUAGAUAUUUAUUAUUUAUAUGUUUUAGUCAAUGACUAAUUAGUAGGUGCUGUUUUUGCAGCUUGUCAAUUAUGUUAUCUUACUAACUGAAGCUGCCUUUAUUCACAAAAGGCCCCCGUCCCCCAGCCCUUCACCUCCCUCCCCCUCUCAUCCCCCAGCCCCUCUGGUCUCUGUCUCUCUCUUGCCCUGUCAAUCUCUCUCUCUGUCUCUCCCUGUCUGCCCUGCAUUCUCCAUGUCCUCAGUGGAAAGCAGGGGAGUUGGAUACCACGAGGACAGUGCUUCAACCAGCAUCACCAUGGCUAGAAGGGGGGUGCCCUUGGGGACAGGGGCACCAGGCUUGAUGUUAGCCUCAAUUACCAUCCCCCACCCCCCACCCCCGGUUCUGGGUGUUAGAAUUCCUGAGCCAUGCUGCUGCCCAUAAGGCUGGCGACUUGGAGGGAGACCGAGCUGCCGCCACCGAGCCGUCCCUGCUUCCUCCAUCACUGCCCUCCCACGGCCAGCCUAACCUCGGGCCUCCAUGGGACGCGACAGGAUGGCAGAGGGAAAGACAUCUAUUUUAGGAUGAGGGUGACGGGUCAGACCCGGCCGGGAGCACCAGGAGCUAGUCCAGCACCUCCAAGGAGCUCAGCGUGGCUUUCUCAGGAAGCUUGCAUGAGCUCCACUGGUUUUACAAGCUCUCUGGGAGCCCAGAGGCCAUGUCACGUCCUCUCUCUGCCUCUGGCCGCUACUUCUGCUCCGGGUCCCCCAGGGAGUCGGCCCUUCGCCCUCCUCGCCAGACCAACAGGACUCUGUGUCCUCCACAGUGUCAUUUGUGGUGGCUUUGAGGGCUCAGUCCGGGCACGGCCCAGCGCACAGAGUGUGCCCACAGACUCCUCAACUCGAACCCCUCCUGCCUCUUGACAUUGCUGACUCCUGUCGCUUUCGGGAUCUGGUGGGGAAAUGGCAGAGCACGCUUCCUCGGGGACGGUCCCCACCCCACCACUGCCAGGAGACUGGGAAGCUGAGCAGCCUCACGGAGGCUCCCCAUUGUCUCUGAUUUGAACCAGAACUUUGAAGAUGUUGUCUUUGGUUUGAAGGGGAAAAGGGAGGCUUUCAAACAAAGCCCAGGACAGUUUGCGCAAAGGUGAUGUUCUUCCAGGGGAAAGAGUUUAACUCGUUUUUUUUUUUUCAAUCUGCCUGAGAAUGAUGUAUUGGUUAGAGGCCACUGGUCAGGCAGCCUUGAGCUCUGGAUGUGAGGGUUUCAAAACCAUUGAAUGUGGUCUUUGAAAACCUGUUACAGGAGCAGAGAGAUUGGGGGCGGGACUUCGGGGGCGGGGCUUAGAGGUAGGACAAGGGUCUGGGGCAGAAGGAUGCAGUCAAUAGGCUGCAGCAGUUUCCCACUCACCCUGUAACAUUCAGGCAGAAACUGCGCUCAGCGGGUGGACAACCUUCCCAAGUCCGGCCCACUCCACCUGCUGCACAGCGGUCUUAAGGUGUCAGCAGUUCACAGACCCUCACAUUUUAAGACGUGCACAUGCUUCUCCCUUUGGCAAAAGGUCAUUCUGACCUGAUCAGGAGUCAUUCUGACUUCAUUUGUUGUUGUUAGUGCAACUUUUUUUUUUUUUUUUUUUUUUUUUUUUUUGCUGCACCCGCAGCAUGCAGAAGUUCCCCGGUCGGGGAUGGAAUCUGAGCCACAGCAGUGACACUAGGCCACCAGGGAACUCCUAGUUUCAUUUUUAAGAUGGGGUUUAGAGAGGAGGGCGGAUUAUAGCAGCUCUGGGCACAUGCUGGGGUCAGGGGGAGACCGUGCUUCCUUCUGGUUCUCUAGUUUACAGGUGCAAGGAGAGGACCCCGGCUGGACCCUUGUUCUCUUUCCCAAGAAGGUGCAGAGGAGGAGUUCCCUCUGUGGCAUAGCGAGAUCAGUGCUGUCUCUGGAACACUGGGGCGCAGGUUCGAUCCCCGGCCAGGCACAGUAGGUUAAGGAUCUGGUGUAGCUGCAACUGCAGCAUAGAUCACAACUGCAGCUAAGAUCUGAUCCCUGGUCUGGGAACUCCAUAUGCUGAGGAGCAGCCAAAAACAGGAAAAAAAGAAAAAAGAAGGUGCAAAGGAGAGGAGACGUGUAGCUGCUGGGUAUGGGCCCUGAGCAAAGACCCCUUUCACAGCCAAGUUCACUGGGGACUCAGGACCCAAGCUCCCCCAGCAAUACCCCUUCGGGCUAUAUUAGAAACAGCCAUUGGCAAAGGCCCACCAAAUCGAAGUCACUCACUAUGGCUGGGUUUCAGGACACAAGCACAGAUGAGUGAAGCAAUUGGUAUAAGACAUUAGAGAGUGGUGGGGUUGCAGUCUGUGGCAUGCACGUGACCCAGACCAAAAACAGCUGCAGCUCAGCUCCAUUCUGUCAUUGCAUGUGAGAAUCCAUGUGUGGUGCAGCAGAAUCUUCUUGGUAAGGGAAGCCAGAUUUUUAUAAGAAAUCUGAUUUUUAAAUGGUAGUUAUGUUUUUUCUUUUUGUUUUUAACAGGGUGUAGGCAAAGGGAAACUUCACAGUUCAGCCUCUGCACUGCCAGCAACCUCUGCUCUCUGGAGAGGUGGUUUAUUUAUCUUUUAAUUUUUUUUUUUUUAAAUUUUGGCCACCCCCAUGCAUGUGGAAGUUCCCAGGCCAAGGAUUGAACCUGCACCACUGCAGCGACCCAGUCCACUGAAGUGACGGCACCAGAUCCUUAACCCGCUGUGCUACAAGGGAGCUCCUGGAGAGGUGAUUUUAGAGGAAGUUAGGCAUUUCCUGGUGGAGGAGGAAAAAGCCAGAUUUGGAAGAGGCCAAAGUAAUAGCUUAUGUUGAAGUCUCAAAGGAAUGGGGACCUCGUACUCCUCAUUCCCAUCCCAAAGAAACGGUCCCACAGAGAAGUGUCCCAUGACAUCUGGCUUGUUCAGCUCUUUUGGUCACAAGACAGCUUGUGCUGAAAGGAAAGUGGAACUGAACUGAGAGACUCAAGAGCUGCCCUUGGACAUACGGAGGUCCCCACAGGCCCAGUCCCCACGUUCCGGAGUUCCACUGCGCCAGGUGGAGAGGUCCAGGACAGGGUCCAGGAGGAGGGGGUGGCGUGUCAAACAGCCUGGCUCUCUCCAGCUCCCGGGUUUUAGCAACCAUCUUGCCACAGGUCUGGAAGCAUCCUCAGAAGCUGCCCCGGGGCGGGGGGCAAAGGGAGGGGCCUCCCCUCUGCUUCUGCCUCCUUUCCUUCCUUUGCCCAUGGGUCAAACACAGGCGCUACCUCAUGUGUCUGCUGAGACGUUUACCUGGGGGGCGGGGGGGAGAAUAAAGGUGUCCACAUCUGCUGGAGCUGAAUGUAUAAUCUAUGCAAAUUCUGUCUCUCUUUCUUUGUCUGUCUGUCUGUCUGUCUCUCUCUCUCUCUCGAAGUAUUUUUUUUUAACCUUGCAAACAAGAUACUGUAUAGACCCCCCCUUAAGACUGAGGAGGGCUUUCGUGCACCACCUGCGUCUACCCCUCACGUUGUCCUUGGUUCUGUCCUUGCCAAGCCCCAGGCAGGGAGAAAGUGGCCCUCCCUUUCCACUCCCCUUGGCCGGGAACACACCACCCGCCCUUUCCCACAGGAGAGCAGGUUCUGCACCUUCCCACCUCCAUUCCCAGCUCCAUCCUCUCUGUGCCUCCCUUCCCCUCCCCCUCCUAUCUCUGCCCCCCCCCCCAAAGCCUUAGGUUUCUCUUUUGUGAAAUGUGGCCUUAAAAUUAUUUUUGGAAAGCUGACCCCUCUCCCCCUCCCAUUUCCACCACCAUCCAAGAAGCAUGAGCAUCUUGAGGCUCUCAGAGCAACCUCCUGAGCGAGGGGGAUGCCGAGCUGUAGCUUGGCAGAUGCAACAGAAAUGGCUUGUGUGUGUCAUCUGGAAGGAAAAAAAAAAAAACCGCAUAUGUUUUCUAUGGGUAAAAUGAAGGCUUGGGUGCUCAGCUCAACCUCAGCCAGCUUCCGAAGCCUUUUUCCUCGAGCCGAUCUCGCUGUCGUGGGCUGGCUUGGUACCCGCAGAGCGCUCACCGGGGCUUGCCACCCCUUCCCUCCCCCAGAGACUCGGUGACUUUCUGUACUUCGUUCAAGGGAAAACCAGGAGAGUUUCUCAGUUUAUCUCUUCAUCCUUCCUGCCUGGAAAGGGACAGCAUUAAACAUUCCCAGUGGAUGGGUCGCGUUCUCAAAGACUUUACCCUCUUUUCAGAGUCCAUCCGUUUCCCUCCCAUUGCUCCAGGGCUGAUGGAGGCCAAAGACAACCCCAGGGUUUUCAUAGGAAAUUCACUGGAAUUGAGCGCAAUUGUCUUUGUCGUCUUUUUUUUUUUUUUUUAAAUCUUAUUCUGUUGUCGACAGCGUUUGGGUAUUUUUUUAGAGGCCUCACGAUAAGUUAUUACCGUCCCCCUCUUUGUUUUUCAAAGACAUGUGGUGAUAUAGUUUUUAAAAAUAACUAUUUUGUUAUAGAUCAUAAUAUGCAUAAAACUGUACAGAAAUAUUUUGUAAUGUAUUGAUUUUAAAAAAAAGACGCUGUAAAUAAAGUUUAAAAAAAAAAACAAGAGACUUCAAAUGGCACACACUGAAAGAUGUAGAUAUUUUGCUAUUUAUUUAAAGGAGUAUUUUAAGAGAUACUGAACUGUCUGAAAUUGACCAGUAAUCAAAGUUCCAAUCAUCCCGAGUGCUUUUCCUCGCGGUAGAAUGUGAUUCUCGGAAACGAUUGCACUACCCGCCCAUUUUUGCACCUUUUCUGUCUUUUCAUUUAGCAGAAAAACAAUGAAAUUGUGCCUUAGCUGUAUUUUUUUGUCUAGGGGAGUUUGUUUCUGUCUGACAAAGCAAAGUUUUUUGCAGAAAACAGUGGAUGUAUUAAAUACUGUAUCAUACCAAAAACACUGCAGGUGUAUAGAUGCUUUCUGUCAUACUGUGUUUUCAGAUGCAGAAUUUUAAAAUUAAAAAAAAAAUACUGUCUUUAUGGAA